UCAUCACAUGGGUUAUUAGUUUAGCCAUGUCCUCCUGUCACGCACGCUGCCCAUAACUAGUAACCCUAGCCUAAUUGGGCGGCGCCCGGCCCCUCUCUGCAAGCAACCACACCUGCCUGCCUGCCUGCCUUUUGAGGGAUUUUGACGUCCGCGAGUGAGUUGGAGUAGAGGGAGCGAACUCAAGUGCCAGAGGCAAGUACGCAGGAGGUACAUAGAUAGGAAUAGGAUGGACGGCCUCCACACGGAGCUGGCGCUGGGGCUGAUCGGGUGCGGCCAUGGCGACCUCCAGACGGCGCCGUUCGUGGCCAAGACGUACCAGAUGGUGUGCGACCCUAGGACGGACGCGCUCGUCAGGUGGGGGAAGGGCAACAACAGCUUCCUCGUCACCGACGUCGCCGGCUUCUCGCAGCUCCUCCUCCCCUGCUUCUUCAAGCACGGCAACUUCUCCAGCUUCGUCCGCCAGCUCAACACAUAUGGCUUCCGGAAGGUGCACCCGGACCGAUGGGAGUUCGCGCACGAGUCGUUCCUCCGCGGGCAGACGCACCUGCUGCCGCGCAUCGUGCGCCGCAAGAAGCGCGGCGAGGCCGGUGUUGGCGCCUCCUGCUCGUCUGUUGUCGGCGGUGGUGAGCAGCAUCAGCACGUGGUGGCCAACAUGGGAGACGAAGUGGAGGAGGAAGAGGAUGAGGAGGGAAGGGAGGCGCUGCUCGAGGAGGUUCAGAGGCUGCGGCAGGAGCAGACGGCCAUCGGGGAGCAGCUGGCGAAGAUGAGCCGGCGACUGCAGGCGACAGAGCGGCGGCCUGACCGGCUCAUGUCCUUCCUCUCCAAGCUCGCCGAGGAUCCCAACGCCACCUCCCUCCACCUUCUAGAACAAGCAGUCGAGAAGAAGCGCCAGCGCAUGCAGUGCCCUUCCCGUGAUUUUACUUCCUUUCCCAUCGCACUUCCUCUUCAGCCCGCACCUUCACCGCCGCCGCCACCGCUAUUGGCGCUCGGCGACGCGGCCAUGGGCGGGGUCAGAGUCUGGCAAUGGGCGGAGCCGAUGCCACUGACGGUGCGGCCCUCCGCGAGCUCCGGGGUGCAGCAGGUGCCGGAGUUCGAGGGCGGCCGGAGCGGCAGCGGCAUGGGCAUAACUGACGGUGGGACCGCGGUGGAGACCCCCUUCCCGUUCUGCCUACUGGGCCAGUGUUUCUUCUAAACACGGCGCGCGCAUCGUGCAGGCACAUGCGCUACCUUCUUCUACUUACUAAUUUAGCAAUUAGCAAUCAUUUGUACACACCUACAAAAAACAAUGUUAUAUUAGCUCUGCUAUACUCAUUCAGUACGUGCUCUGAUUA